CGCCUUACAGACCGUGCGAGCGACACCAACUCCGGGGCAGGCGUCUCUUCUGCCCGGUGGGUUGCCAGGCGUGCGACCUGCGCGCCCCCGAAAGCGGCGAUCAUGCCUGGCAGUGAUACCGCGCUCGCGGUGGACAGGACGUAUUCGGACCCGGAGAGGCACCGGCGCUUCAAGACUCGGGUGGAAAGACAUGACAUGAAUACUCUCAGCUUGCCUCUUAACAUUCGGCGUGGGGGUUCAGACACAAACCUCAACUUUGACGUACCUGAUGGUGUGUUUGAAUUUCAAAAAGUAAAAAUCAGUGCAGACAGCUUGAAACAAAAGAUUCUGAAAGUUACAGAGCAGAUCAAAAUAGAACAGACAGCUCGGGAUGGAAAUGUGGCAGAAUAUUUAAAACUGGUGAACAGCGCAGACAAGCAGCAAGCUGGACGAAUUAAACAAGUGUUUGAAAAGAAGAACCAAAAGUCUGCCCACUCCAUUGCCCAACUGCAAAAGAAACUGGAACAAUAUCACAGAAAGCUCAAGGACAUUGAACAAAAUGGUUCCUCCAGAAGUACCAAGGAUACUUCCAAAGACAGUCUAAAGGAAAUUCAGCACUCUUUAAAGGAUACUCAUGGAAAAUCUCGUACUACGGGUCAGAGCAAUGAGAGCAAGACAGGUGUUCCAGGUGUCUCCUUAACACCCCCAGUGUUUGUAUUCAGCAAAUCAAGAGAGUUUGCAAACUUGAUCCGGAAUAAGUUUGGUAGUGCUGACAAUAUUGCUCACCUGAAGAGCAGCUUGGAUGACUUCAGGCCUGAAACUAGUUCUAGGGCCUACGGUGGCAGUGCCACCAUCAUGGCCAAGCCAAAAUAUGCAAGUGAUGAUGAAUGCUCAAGUGGAACAUCUGGCUCUGCAGAUAGUAAUGGAAAUCAGUCCUUUGGCCAUGGUGGGACAAAUGCUCUGGUCAGCCACGGAAAGCUUUCCAUGAUCUUGGAAGAGCUGCAAGAAAUAAAGGAUGCACAAGCCCAGUUACAAGAGGAUAUAGAGAAUUUAAAAGUGCAGUUCAAAAGAGACUAUGGCUUUAUUUCUCAAACACUGCAGGAGGAAAGAUACAGGUAUGAACGAUUAGAAGACCAACUGAAUGAUCUAACGGACCUCCAUCAGCAUGAAACAGCCAACUUGAAACAAGAGCUAGCUAGUAUUGAAGAAAAGGUAGCAUACCAGGCCUAUGAGCGGUCACGAGAUGUCCAGGAAGCCUUGGAAUCUUGCCAGACACGUGUUUCGAAACUGGAGCUCCAUCAACAAGAACAGCAAGCCCUGCAGUCAGAAACUGUUAAUGCCAAAGUGUUGCUUGGGAAAUGUAUAAAUGUAGUCUUGGCCUUUAUGACUGUCAUCCUAGUGUGUGUUUCCACCAUAGCAAAGUUUAUUGCUCCUAUGAUGAGGAGCCGUUUCCAUAUUCUCUGCACCUUUUUUGCAGUGACUAUCCUUGCAAUUUUAUGCAAAAACUGGGAUCACAUUAUCUGUGCCAUAGAAAAGAUGAUCAUACCAAGAUGA